AUGAAUCCAACUUCUGUGGAUCUUAGCUUGAGUCUUAAACCAUCUUAUGUGCCUAAAUCCAUAAGCAACCUGCUUGAAGAUUUGUCGAAAAUUGAUAACGAAUCGGAUAAGUUAUCAGUGCUGAGUGAUUAUAUUUGCAAGCAUCAGGAAGAGUUAAGCACGGUUGAGGCGUUAAAACGUGAACUUCCUCAAUGCAGGCUACUUCUAAUGGACGAUGCAGCAAUUGAGGCAUUGAAGGAGGGAUUCAAGAAUAUAGAGGAGAAAAUGGAAUGUCAGUCUAGACAGCCUCUGGUGGAGUAUCUGCCUACUAUGAGGAAAAACAGAAAUGAGCAGGAUCAAAGGGAAUUCUGGCAAACAUACAGUGCAGAAGAAGAGUACUGGAACCCUAUUUAUGCUAAGAAGCAGAAAACAUUAGUCCUAGGCAGCUUCCAGCCUCCAAAUCUAAAAGCAGUCCAGCCAUGCACAGACAGAAACGUGGAAGGGUUAGGACUCUUGUCAUACAAGGAGUGUAGUUCAAAUUCCCUUGGAUCACCAAGUACUGGCAAGGGAAAGGAGGUAGCCAUAGAUCAAUUAUCUAGACAUCAAAGUUUAUUGUAUCUCAAGGUAGAUGAUCAAACUGUUAAUUAUCAUCCAAAGCCGUUGACUCAACCCAUAUGGAAGAAUAACCGGAGAUGUUGGUCAUCUGAGCUUCAUGCUAGAUUUGUGGAGGCUUUGAAUCUGCUUGGAGGCAUUGAAGUGGCUACUCCUAAGCAAAUUAGAGACUUGAUGCAGGUUGAGGGGCUUACAAUUGAUCAAGUAAAAAGUCAUCUGCAGGUUGAAUUUGAUCUUAUUAAGCUUAAUAAUGCAUGCAUGUAUAGUUCAUGA